UUGAACGCAGCACGAUCAGAUGCACGGCCCCUCUUCCGUUGCGUCAGUUCCAGCAUGGCGGCGCCCCAUGCCGUGGUCGGGGUGGAGGGAGACAGCAGUGAAUCGGGGCUUAUUUUAUCAGAUUCAUCCACCGGAGACGUGAAGCGACCUCAGUUCGGGACACGUUUCCUCACAGACCCGCGGCAGGUCUUCCAGCACAACGCCUGGGACAAUGUGGAGUGGACCGAGGAGCAAGAAGCAGCUGCCAAGAAGAAAGUGCUAGAAAACAGUCAGCCGCUGCCUGCAGAGAAACAAGAGGACUAUGACUGCCGGGCCAAUGAGUACUGGAAUGAUUUCUACACAAUACAUGAAAAUCGCUUCUUCAAAGACCGUCACUGGCUCUUCACAGAGUUCCCAGAGUUGGCCCCACAGUGCGGCCUUAACCACGAAUCCCAUCCUGAAGUCUCCGGCACAGAUGACCGACAAAGCGGGGACGCUGCGGCUCUGCCUCACGCCGAUGGUGACUUCCCCGGCUCCUCUGCCACGUAUCGCAUUCUGGAGGUUGGCUGUGGUGUGGGCAACACAGUGUUUCCAAUCCUGAAGACCAACAAUGACCCGGGACUCUUUGUGUACUGCUGUGAUUUCUCUAGCACUGCUGUGGAGUUAGUCAAGACUAAUCCAGAGUACGACCCUGGGCGCUGCUUCGCCUUUGUUCACGACUUGAGUGAUGAGGAAGCCAAUUACCCCGUCCCAGAUGGAAGCCUUGAUGUUAUAGUGCUAAUCUUUGUGCUAUCAGCGUUGCAUCCUGACAAGAUGCAGGCAUCCAUCAGUAGAUUAGCGCGGCUGCUGAAGCCCGGGGGAGUGAUGCUGCUCAGGGACUACGGACGCUACGAUAUGGCACAGCUGCGCUUCAAGAAGGGAAGGUGUCUGUCAGAAAACUUUUACGUCCGUGGUGAUGGAACAAGAGUAUAUUUCUUUACUCAAGAUGAGCUCCAUGAGAUGUUCACGGAGGCAGGACUUGAGAAAGUGCAGAACCUCGUGGAUCGAAGGCUACAGGUGAACAGAGGGAAACAGCUCACCAUGUACAGGGUGUGGAUCCAGUGCAAGUACCGCAAAGCUCUCGUUCAGCCACCUGAGACGCAGGGCUGAGCCCACCUGGCUUAACCGUCAAUCACAACUGAAACCAAGUGCUGAAAUGAAGGCGGUGCUGUCUUUUUUUUUUUUUUUUUUACUGAGGAUGUAAUGAAAAUGAGAAGCUCUAUUGUGAUUGUGAUAAAGGGGAUGCAACUGGAUAGCGACAUACUGUAAAGGCCUUACACUAUCCCAGCUGCCAUAACAUUGACGGACUUGCUCUGUGGCUGUGGUGUUCUUGAUGGUAUCGCAAUCCGAGCUACGGGAGUGAUGAUUUCUCAUUUUCUGACAGUGAGUUCAGUAAUCUGAGAAAGGGCUUGGUUACACAUGUAUUAAUGUUUCUAUUCACCCGGAUGCUGUUUUUAAAAUGACGUGAUGUUUUGAAAUAAAUGGCAUGAUUUUUAAGAGAACUUCAUGACCUUUUUGUACAUGUAAAAUGAAUAAAGAUAUAAACUGUA